CUAAAUAAUUUCCCAUUCAAAUUCGUGAACAAAACAUCACAUUAGUUUAAACAUUGUUUAUGUUGAGACAAAUUGGUCAACUUCACAGAAUUUAUGUGCACAUAUUUCUAACUUUUUGAAUAGAGAGCAUCAUCUUUUGGAACACAUGGGAAGCGCCGUAGAACGGAAGAAACCAAAGCCGAACUUGCAAAUCUGCAACUCGGAUGCUUUAUUUUAUUGCAAGUCCGACUCGACGAUUGAGAAUUCGGAGUCCGACUUGAGUUCGGAGUCGGAGCUCCGGACUGCUCUUAGAGAAGACGAGUCUAAAUGCGAGAGUAAUGGAGAAACCAGGGUUACGGUGCCAUUGAGACGGGGCGAGAGGCUUGCCACUGCUAACAAGAGCUUGGACGACUUUGUUAAGGAUUGGGUUAUGCGGAGAGUCAAAUCUGGUGUUCCCGAGUCACGCUGUUUCCUACCUUUCCUAGUUAAAGCUCCAAAACUGGUUGAGUGCGUUUUGUGCUUCAACUUAAUGUUCCCCGGAGAAGACAUAUCGUGCUCUGUUCGAGGCUGUCAGGUAGUUGUGCACAAGCAAUGUGCCAAAGAAAGGCUACAAUUCUCUUCAGCUAAACAAUUCAAGUGUCCACAGCAUGUAUGCUAUGUUUGUAACAAGAUGAAUCAUAUAUGGCGAUGCAUCAAGUGCCUUAUGGCUUCACAUGAAAAAUGUGCAGCAUUUCCUGAGUAUGUUGUCCAUCUUACUAGUCAUCCAGGACAGGCCAUCUGCUGGAAACAUCAUGCAGAUUGGCGACUGCAGAAAGAGGCUUGCUCACAGGACUGACAUAUCUUGUUUGAUGAGCAGCAUGAAGAUCCAAUCAAUAAAAUUGAGGAAAUAUUUAGUUACUUGCCUCUACCAUACACAGAGGAGGAGUUUAAGAUCAACUUAAACUGGAAGGACACAGAUGAAUGCAAAUUGGAGCCACCUCUUUAUGAGUCAAUCAAGCGAAAUGUGUACCUCAUCAAGAAAAAGCUUGACGAUUUUGGCGUUGAUAAUGGAUGCACAAAUUGCAGCUCUACAAAGUGCUUAGAGAGUUGUAUCUGCAGUCCAUAAGCUGCUCAAAGGCUUGUCACUGCUCCGGCAAGUGCUCAAAUAGGCCGUUUCGAGAAGAGAAAAAGAUAAAACUAGUCAAGACCAAACUCUGUGGUUGGGGUGUUGAAGCAGCUGAAGCCAUCAAGAAAGAGGAUUUCAUUAUAGAGUAUAUUGGAGAAGUUAUUGAUGAUGCCACGUGUGAAAAGAGGCUUUGGCAAAUGAAAUACAGGAGAGAGAAAAACUUUUACAUGUGUGAAAUACGAAAAGAUUUCACCAUUGAUGCAACUUUUAAGGGGAACUUUUCACGCUUUCUGAAUCACAGCUGUGAACCCAACUGCAAACUAGAGAAAUGGCAAGUUGAACGCGAGACUCGUGUUGGUGUAUUUGCUAAUCGGGACAUUGAAGUGGGUGAGCCAUUGACUUAUGAUUACAGAUUUGUACAAUUCGGGCCCGAAGAGAAGUGCUAUUGUGGAGCUCCUAAUUGUCAGGGUUUUCUAGGCUCCAAAAAGAAGACAAAUAGCAGGCUCAACUUCUGCUGGGGUUCUAAGCGGAAGAGAACCUCUACUUCUUGUGUUGCUACGGUUCAUGUGAAUCCGCACUGAGAGCCAUUUGUGUGUAUAGAUAACUCAUCGGUUUUGUAUUUUGGUUUCUUGGCCAAGCGAAAUGGAGGGUAAGUGAAGUAAAAAUGAGAUGAAAACCAUCUUUCUUUUCAAGUGUAUCAUGGUGCAUUUUUCCACCCAUUUUAGAAGCAACACAGGGAAAAAAAGGACACUGGACAGUUAGCAUUGCAGUUUUGUCUUGGAAAGUUUAGUAAGGCUUCAUCCUAAAAGGGUGUUUGGAGUUGUGUUUGAGAACAACAUUUGAGCUUAUAUUUCACCAAAAUACAAUUUUAAUUGUUUG